AUGUCGGCGAAUGAGAGAGCCACGCGAGCGCUGAGGGAGAUCCAACAAAUCCCUGGAAAUGACGCCUGCGCAGACUGCGGCGCACCCGAUCCUGGGUGGGGCUCCUGCUCCCUGGGGGUGUUCAUCUGUCUGGCCUGCUCGGGGAUCCACCGCAACAUCCCCGACAUCAGCAAGGUCAAGUCCCUGAGUCUGUCCCGCUGGGAGGACCACGAGAUGCAGUUCAUGGCAGAGAAUGGUAAUGAGCUGAUGAAGAGUAAAUAUGAGGCCGCUGUUCCAGUCUACUACUACAAACCAACCCACAAAGACUGUCAGGUGUUGAGGGAGCAGUGGAUAAGAGCAAAGUACGAGAGGAAAGAGUUCUCUGAACCGGGGAAGAAUUUUACAUAUGAGGAAGGAACUAGAGAUGGCGUUUUGAUGAAGAGAGGGCGGGACAACGGGCAGUUCCUGAGCAGGCGAUUCGUCCUCUCGGAGAGGGAGGGGACUCUGAAGUAUUUCACCAAAUAUGACGCUAAGGAGCCCAAAGCAGUGAUCAAGGUGGACACCAUCAACGCAACCUUCCAGCCAGAGAAGAUAGGAAACCCCAACGGCCUGCAGAUCACCUACCUCAAAGACUACAGCACCCGCAACGUCUUCAUCUACCAUGAAAACGGCAAGGAGGUCGUUGACUGGUUUAACUCAAUCCGUGCAGUUCAGCUUCACUAUCUAAAGGUGGCCUUUCCCGGGGCGACAGAUGCUGAGCUGGUGCCCAAACUUACCCGGAACUUUCUGAAGGAAGGAUACAUGGAAAAGACAGGUCCCAGGCAAACGGAAGGCUUCAAGAAACGCUGGUUCACUCUGGACCAGAGGCGACUCAUGUACUUCAAAGAUCCACUGGACGCCUUCGCCAAAGGUGAAGUCUUCCUGGGGAACAGGGACCACGGUUACAACGUCUUCCUCGGCUUGCCCGCUGGCACCCACUGCAACGGCGCCUGGCAACACGGUAUCACCAUAGAAACACCCGAGCGCCUCUUCCUGUUUACUUGCGAGAUGGAGAGCGACCAGCAGGAUUGGGUGAAACACUUCAGCGACAUCAUGAGUGCUCCGAUGUCCCCCCAGGAGUACACGAUGGAGGCCAUGUUCAAGCACAGGCACUGACGGACCAGAGGCCUACAGGAACCAUCCGCUCUCCUCUCAGUCCAUCACCACAGGAUCUGACUCUGGAAACCACAUCAGUUCUUGACUCCUUUAGUACUUCUGGGAAAAUUGGACUGUAUUCACUUACACAUUGGUCACACUGGUGGUUGUUGCUGGUAAACAAGAGGACCAAGGCAAUAUUCACUGGUAAAUUAAAAAUAUACAUGACCAGAAGAAACAUUGAUAUGUUAAUGUAAAGCAGGUAAUCAUUUUCAUUUGAUUUUGUUUUGGUGACAGCUUUUGGGGGCCAAGAGAUCACUUGCCAAUCAAACAGUCUGGGCAGUAUUAUAACACGUCUCACUUGGGUUUUAUGUAGCUCAUGUUUGAAUUUACUGGUUGGCACGCUUGGUCUGUUUCUACACGGUGCCUGUUGCCCAUGCUAAUCAACUAUGGCAACAUAAAAACACAACUUCCUGUUUGCCAGUGGAUUGAUUUUUUUUUUUUUUUUUAAACCAUGAUUAGGAAAUGUGUUUUGAAAUUUAUAGGAUUGUUAGAUAUUUAAUACGAGAUUUAAGAAAAAGGUGUUAAGCUGAGAAGUUAUACGGUCUUCUUGUAUCAAGUAUUUUAUGUAAGUGUGAUAUGAUGAUUGGGUAAUACUAUUAAGAUGCGAGAGUCGAACAGGUCAGACAGGCACUGAAAGCCCUUGACCUUUUUUUUUUUUUCUUAAACUU